UUUUUACAAGGAUAACAAAAAAAUCCCUUUGAAAAAAAAAUUCCCUCUUUUCCUUUCUGUUACUUUCACAGAGCUGAAAGUAAAGAACAGAAAAGAAACCCCAAACCUCAAAAUUUUCUCUUUCUCACGUUGAUAGAAGGAUUUAAGCUAGAACGGCAAAGAUAUGAAAUAAUAUCGUGUUUUUUGUCUAUAAAUAUUUUGUUGGGUUUUCAAUUCUUUUUUCGCCAUUUCUUUUGCAAGUUGAUGAUCUUUGGUGGCUUUAACUCGGUACUUGGACUCACUUCCGCUACUACUUCUUCGGGUUUCACAUGGCUAAUAACCCCAACGAGGCUUCCGCUGAUGAUUUCCUCGAGCAAAUCCUCGGAUUCCCUAACUUCGCGCCUUCUGAGACGGGUUUGGCGGGACCCGACGGUGGACUGACAGGAACAACUGCUGGUGCCGGAACGCCAAUGUUUCUACAGCUCAGCUCUGGUGAUGGAGCCAGUCAUCUCGGCGGAAUCGGCGGCGGUGGAGGCGGCGCGUUUCCCGGACAGGUUUUUCCGUUGGGGUUGAGCUUAGACCAAGGGAAAAGCGGCGGGUUCUUGAAGCCGGAGGAAGGUUCUGGUGGUAGCAGCAGGCGGUUUCGCGAUGAAGUCGUUGAUGGCAGGGCUUCCUCAGUUAAAAACGUUUUCCAUGGUUCACCAAUGCCGGCUACCGUUGCUCCAUCACCGCAUCCACCAACAAUGCGUCCAAGGGUGCGGGCUAGACGAGGACAGGCCACGGAUCCGCAUAGCAUUGCUGAACGGUUGCGGAGGGAAAGAAUUGCCGAAAGAAUCCGAGCAUUACAGGAACUUGUUCCUAGUGUUAACAAGACUGAUAGAGCGGUCAUGCUCGAUGAAAUUGUAGAUUAUGUCAAGUUCCUGAGGCUCCAAGUUAAGGUUUUGAGUAUGAGUAGGUUAGGCGGGGCGGGGGCAGUGGCACCGCUUGUUACAGACAUCCCAUUAUCAUCGGUCGAGGUAAUAAGCAUGCAGCCAUUCAUAUAUAUACAUAUCCCACAUUUCCUUUCACAACAUACUUUUAUCGAGCUUCCCUCUAUUACAUACACACACCAGGAUGAAAGCGGCGACGGUGGAAGGAACCAACCGGCAUGGGAGAAAUGGUCAAACGACGGCACCGAGCGACAAGUAGCCAAGCUCAUGGAAGAAAACGUAGGAGCUGCCAUGCAAUUCCUUCAAUCAAAAGCUCUUUGCAUUAUGCCAAUCUCACUAGCCACCGCCAUCUACCACUCGCAACCACUGGAUACCUCUUCUAUCGUCAAGCCCGAAACAGAUCCCCCACCAUAACUCUAACAAACAAAAAAUAAGGGUAUGCAUCCCACACGGUCCAUCCUAUAUGUCCAACACUAUGAGGGAAAAAAAAGGUAAAAAAGAUCUCUUUAGUCCCUCUUAAUUUCAAAUUUGAGUAAAUUGAUCCCUCUAAAAAAAAUUAAAACAAUUUAAUUCAUGUCAAUUUUGAAGAUGAGCAAUUAAGGACGAUUAGUUAGAGUACAUCAUUUUAAUUGGUAUAAUAACAGAUUUACUUCUUGAUGUUUAUAAAUUUUGUUAAUUUAAUAUUCAAAUAAAUAAAUAUUAUAGGCAAAAUUUAUUAAAUUAAGAUAAAAUUGAUAAAUUAAAUGAAUUAUGAGAGCUAGAGUUGUUAUAUACCCAUUAAAUUUAUGUAAAACUGACGAAUUGAUUGAUUUAGUUGCUCAUUUUUAAAGUUGACUAAAUUAAAAAGAAUUAAUGAAUUAUUAUUUAAAGAAAAAAAUGUCCGCAGAUGCCAUGGCACUUGCUUUUUAAACUUUUCAAACAUAGUUUAAUGUCUGCCUAAAAAAAAUACAGGAAGGGGGGGCCUUCAUGUCCGGAUUUGUCAAUGGUGAUCUCUUUUGUAUUCAAUGGUGGGGGUAGGGGAUAAUGAUGGAAGAAGAGGGGCACUCUCAUAGUGGGGGCUUUAAUUUUUUUUUGUUAGUGGGAUUGUCAGACCUGCAAAUAUAUAUAUAUAUAUAUAUAUAUGUAAUAAUAUUGUAAGAAGGUAUUUUGGGAGAGGAAUUGCAGUAAAAGGUAGAAGAAUGGGGGUGAUGUCUGUCCAUUAAAAAAAUGGUUGUUGCUUUAAAGUCCAACUGAUACUUUGUGAUAAUGGACUUUGUUCCUAUAAAGUAAUUUGACUUCACCUUUUUUCUUCUUUCAACUUGUUAAUUGAUUGUUAUUAUAAUGGAUGUUCAAUCAUUGGUCUGAGCCACCCACUGGGGUGGAGACAUGAAUGGUGGGUUGAGUUGGUAAUUU